CUUUUUCUCCUUCUGCUAACCUAGCAGAUCCUUAGGAGAAGAUGACCGUGUUCUUUAAAACACUUCGAAAUCACUGGAAGAAAACUACUGCUGGCUUGUGCCUGCUGACAUGGGGAGGCCAUUGGCUCUAUGGAAAACACUGUGACAAUCUGCUAAGGAGAGCGGCCUGUCAAGAAGCUCAGGUUUUUGGCAAUCAACUCAUUCCUUCCAACGCACAAGUGAAGAAGGCAACCGUCUUUCUCAACCCUGCAGCUUGCAAAGGCAAAGCCAGGACUCUCUUUGAAAAAAAUGCCGCCCCGAUUUUACAUUUGUCUGGCAUGGAUGUGACUGUCGUUAAGACAGAUUAUGAGGGACAAGCCAAGAAGCUUCUGGAACUGAUGGAAAGCACAGAUGUGAUUAUUGUUGCCGGAGGGGAUGGGACCCUGCAGGAGGUUGUGACUGGACUUCUUCGAAGAGCAGAUGAGGCUACCUUCAGUAAGAUUCCCAUUGGAUUCAUCCCACUAGGGCAGACAAGUAGUUUGAGUCCCACCCUCUUUGCCAAAAGUGGAAAUAAAGUCCAACAUAUCACAGAUGCCACACUCGCCAUUGUGAAAGGAGAGACAGUCCCGCUUGAUGUGUUACAAAUCAAGGGUGAAAAGGAGCAGCCUGUGUUUGCAGUGACUGGCCUUCGCUGGGGAUCCUUCCGAGAUGCCGGGGCCAAAGUUAGCAAGUACUGGUAUCUUGGACCUCUGAAAAUCAAAGCUGCCCACUUUUUGAGUACUCUUAAGGAGUGGCCUCAGACACAUCAAGCCUCCAUUUCGUACACGGGGCCUACAGCAAGACCUCCAAAUGAACCAGAAGAGACCCGUCCCCGGCCUUCUUUGUACAGGAGAAUAUUACGAAGGCUGGCAUCAUACUGGGCACAGCCGCAGGAUGCCCUCUCCCAGGAGGUGAGCCCGGAGGUUUGGCAAGAAUUACAGCUGUCCACUAUCGAGCUGUCCAUCACAACUCGGAACAGCCAGCUUGACCUGACAAGCAAGGAAGAUUUCAUGAACAUCUGCUUGGAGCCCUACACCAUCAGCAAAGGAGACUUCAUAACCACAGGAAGCAAAAAAGUGAAAGACCCCAGGCUGAGUGCUGAAGGUACCGAGUGCCUGCAGGCCAGCCAGUGCACUCUGGAGCUUCCCGAGGGAACAGGAGGCGCUUUUAGCAUCGACAGCGAGGAGUACGAGGCCAUGCGUGUGGAGGUCAAACUGCUCCCCAGGAAACUGCACUUCUUCUGUGAUCCCAGGAAGAGAGAAGAAAUGCUACAGGGCGCAGCUCAGUGAGCAGCCCAAAGCCCGCGCCCCAGGUCACCCGUGGGACCAAAAGUGAACAGGUGCCAUGGCUCUUCCGACUGCACUGUUGGAGGCUCCCAAGGGGGUUCCCUGGCAGCGACCUCUGCCCUCCUCCAGCAGUGCUUCCCAGUGUGCACCCCACCACCUGCUUGGCAGUCA